AUGUAUAUGUGUACGUUUUAUGACAUUUUAAGUUUACUCAUUCGUAUCGCAAUUUUGAAAGCCAAGAAAAAUGCAGGGACCAUCGAGAAGAGAAAGGUAAAAGACACUAAGGUAGAUAGUAUAAUAAGAAAUACCCAGCCUGUAAUGGAAGAGCAUCACUAUCCACAGAACAAAAUACUGGUGCUGUCACACCACUCACACGACUCCUUCAAAACGCAGCUUUUGAAAGACUUAUUCCAUUGUAAUACCACUAGUGCCAGCAUUGUAAAGGAUCAAACUUGGGGGAAUAAAUACUACAGGACGUGCGUUGACCUUUACAUAGAUUUCUUCAAAGACCUACCGGAAUGGAUAGAAGAAUUUAUCAUGCCAGAAUGUGAGCCACUUAGGAAUGUUGUGGCAGGAAUAAUCAUAAUACUGGACAACAGAUUAAUAAAACCGCAGGAGCUUCUGAACCUAUUCAAGGGGGCCGUCCAUGAAAAUACAUUCAUUGUGCUAGUCAAUGUUAAUGAAGAAGUACCACAAGAUGAAAUAGACGAACUGAAUGAAAUAUGGAGCAAUGUUUUCACGAACAUUGUCGAAUUUAUAAAUUGGACUAGGUCAAAACCAACUAUUAAUCAUAAUGAAUAUGGGGAGAAAUUGGGACUUUAUAGAAUACAGGAAAUCAUAGACACGCAUGGCUGGUUGAAUUGUGAGCUUCAACCGAUAACCACGACGAAAGAAGAGACACCUAGAGAUAUGCCACUCGAGCAAAUAAUCACGAAUCUACAAAGUGCGAGAUCAAAAUACAAGUCUAUGAAGGACAAUAGCGAAGCUGACGCUUUUGCAAGUGAAGUGGCUGAUGAACUAUCCAAAUAUUUAUGA